AAUGGAAGAAGAAGAAGGUUGCACAACUCCGAAGCUUAGGAUCCCCGCGGCGUCUGUUUGUCCACCACCUCCAAGGAAGAAAUCAAUGGUUGAAAAAAAGCGUGACCCGCCCAAGAACGGUUAUUUUCAGCCACCUGAUCUUGAUGCUCUGUUUGCCAUGCCAGUAAGGAGGCAAGCUUGCGCUUAACUUAGCGUUUCCGGUAUCGUUAUG